CGCUGUUGCCUUGCUGGCAGUUCGCUCACACCAUGAAUUCUCAUCUGAACGAUCGCGUCGUCUGGAUAUGUCUGGGCGUCUCGCUGUUCUUCGCCGUCCGCGGGAUUGUCACGGACCUCCGCCGAGUCGGCGAGUUGACGGAAAUCAGGCAUGUCGAAAAGGAGGAUAGCAUGAUCAAUCAGGGCACGGAAGAUGCCCUGAAUCUAGACACCCUGCUGAAGCUCUCCGAUAGCACCAGCUACGACCUCCGCGCAGCUGCGGUGCGCAUCAUUGCCGAACGAUCGACCAAGGGCGAAACCCGAGACUUGCUUUUGCGGGAUCUUGCAAGCAAAAACAAGCAACGGCGGGGUAAGGCCCUCAGUGCCAUGUACUUCCUUGUCUCCAACCGUGCUCUGUCACGAACCUCAGUCGGUGUCCGGCUGAAAGAUCACUCUACCUACAACGCGCUCAUCGACUGUCUGUGCAACUUCCUCGACGAACAUGUCGAAGAGACGACCACUACCAUCUCCCCCAUCCUUCCCAAGACACGGCCCCUAGGCGAGAAGAAGGCACUGGGAAUACUGAAUAUCGUCCUCCAAGAAAAUGUCCCGGCCGCCUUGGAAGCGGGCAUUGUGAGCCGCUGGUUGGUCAAGUACCCGUUUCCAUGCGCUCUUGCCGAACCUUCCCGGCGGCAGGAUGUGGUGCUCCUAAUGAAGACAUGGUGGUCGGAUGAUACCAUUAUGAGCGCGAUCUUUGGCACCUUGUCCUCGCAUUCUGACGGUGCCAAGCAACUACGCAAAUACGGGCUGAUGGGCAGCAUGCUAGAAGAAAAUGACCACGAUGACUACGAUAGUGACGUGUGGAUGGUGGAUGGAGAGGAUACCGCGGAAAUCAGACAAGUACCGGGAAGACGCCUUCGCACCGCCGAGGAACAGGCUGUCCGGCGGCGCAGGCGGGAAGCGAUGGUGUUAAGCGAUGGGGGACGCCCGCUAGGGAACGACGACAUUAUCCAGUUGCCCGUCUCGGAGAGACUCACAGCGACUCCUCAUGAGGCGACAGGCUACUGAUGGUUCAGGUGGCAAUUACUUCUUUGCAUGUUCUUAUGAUACCCUUGAUU